AUGAAGUUGCAACAAGUGCGGAUGAUUUAUAAAGGUUACUGUAUGUUGGCAUUUAUAUGUCUCGUACGUCCAUCUAUAACCUCUGCCAUUAAGGAUUCUGUAAAGUGUACGGAAGGUUUUGUGGCAGCCGACGUAGAUGAUUGUGCCAGCUACUUCCAGUGCCUCGACGAUGAAACUGUGCACUUCAAUUGCCCCAAUGGGAGCUAUUUUAAAAAAAGCAAUGAGGUAUGCGUGGUGGAUGAGUUUGGUGUCUGCCCUACCUCUCGAAGGAAGUGUUUCGAUGGAGAGCUUUUUGAGGAUUCUAAGGAUUGUGCGGCAUACACAAGAUGUCUUCAUGGCAACCUGGUGAGGGACAGGUGCCCUGAAGGAAGCUUCUUUAAUGCAAUAUCGAAAAGCUGCCGCAUGGAUCAUAGAGGAUCCUGCACACCUCAGAGGGUGAUAUGUGAGGAGGGAGAACUACAAGCGGAUUCCGAUGAUUGUGCGGCAUAUCUGAAUUGCAUUGGAGGAGUCCUUGUCAAGGAACAGUGCCCGAGUGGCAGCUACUUCGAACCCAUUUUCAAAGUCUGCCAGCUGGAUGAGAAUGGUGUCUGUUCAUCUGCAUCCAGUGAGUGCACUGAAGGUGAAGUCCAGGUGGAUCCCAGUAACUGCGCUGGUUACCUAAACUGUCAGAAUGGAAAACUCGAAGCUAAAACCUGUCCCAGUGGCAGUUACUUUGAACCCACUUACAAAGUCUGCACCGUGGAUUUGAAUGGAGUAUGUGUUGAGCCACCAGCUAAAUGCACAGAUGGACAGCUUAAUUUGGAUCCCAAUAACUGUGCAGGAUAUCUUAAGUGCAUCGAUGGAGAGUUCGUGGAGAAGCAGUGUUCCGGUGGAUCCUACUACGAUCCACAGCUGGGAGCCUGUUUAGUGGACAAUGCGGGUGUUUGUGUCACGAAAAGAGUAUAUUGUAUUGAAGGAGUUCGGGUAGAAGAUCCCCAGAACUGUGCUGGAUACACUCAAUGCAUUCAAGGUAAAGCUGAAAAACUCAAGUGCUCCUUCGGAAGCUAUUUCAAUGUGACUCAGGGGGAAUGUCUCUUUGAUUUGGAAGGAAUUUGUGUGAAGUUGGAUGACGAACUUGACAUUGUGGAAGUGGAACCUCAAAGCAGUAUUGCUGACUUCGAACGACAAACUGCAAGUACUACUCCUGAUCAAUCUACGGAAACUUCAAGUGCCAAAUAUUUUAGAUACACAGAAAGUUUUCAAUAUACUGAAAGUACCACUGACCAAUCUACGGAAGUUACUAUUACUAGUUUACCUCAAAGUACGGAAAGUCAUGGAGGUGAUUUAAGAUUCGACUUGGAUGAGGAACAAUCUCAAUAUACAGAGAGUACCAGUGCUGACAUUGAAAAGCAAACUGAAAGUACUACUGCCGAUCGAUCUACAGAAACUACUAUUGCCAGUUCUUCUCAAAAUACGGAAAGUCUUGGAGGUGAUUUAAGAUUCGACUUGGAUGAGGAACAAUCGCAAUAUACAGAAAGUAUACAGCAAACUGAAAGUAGCACUCCCGAUGCUUCCGACUUUUCUGACUAUACAGAGGAUCCUGAAUAUGCGGAAAGAACCUCAACCGUUGUUUCUGUAGAACACAAAGAAAUUCCCAUUGACAAUUUUCUGAUAUAUACGGAGAGUACUUCAUCCGAUUCGCCUCUAAGUACGGAGAGUAGUCUCCCUGAUUUGCUUGAACACCAACAUACAGAAAGUACUAUUUCCGAUUUGCAAACUACUGAAUAUCCUUUGCAGUCAUCCACUUCCAAAGAGGUCAGCAUUUCGAUUGAAAGUACAACCACUAAAGUGCCUAAUAAUACAUUUUGCAUUGAAUAUUCUCUUGAGGAAGAUCCCGAGGAUUGUGCUGGGUACCGACAAUGCAUUCGAGGUGAGAUUAAACAAGUCAAGUGUGAUCAGGGCAGAUACUUUAAUAUUACCAAGGGAUAUUGCCUUAUUGACGAGAACGAGGUAUGUGCCAAAAUGAAGUUGAGAGAUCAGGUUCAAAAUGCACAGAGUAAUGUUACUGAUCUCCCAACUACCAUACUCGUUCUGGAGACCACCACUCCCUAUGACCCGUUUGCAAAGUGCACAGAGGGAAGGCUUAAAAUGGAUCCCAACAACUGUGCAGGAUACCUUAAUUGCUCUGAGGGAGAACUGAAGGCGGAAAACUGUCCCAAUGGCUUCUACUUUGAUGCCCAAUUAAAAAUAUGUUCGGUGGAUAUUAGGGCCACUUGUAUCACUAACAUUAAAUAUUGUGUGGAAGGAGUUCGGGAGGAGGAUCCCAAUAACUGCGCAGGAUACAGACAAUGCGUUCAGGGCGUGGUCGUUAACCUUAAAUGUCCCAAAGGAAAAUACUUCAAUGUGGCCGAAAGAGGUUGUCUGGCUGAUGAGCACAAGGUGUGUGUGAAGACUGGGGAGGAUUACUACCCGGAAGAAGCACUACUCGACGACUCGGCCCCGCCGAUGUUCCUACCAGAGCCCACCUGUACAACGUACAUAAAUGGAGUCUGUGCUGAUCCACUUGAAAAAUGUUUCGAAGGACAAAUGAAACUGGAUCCCAAUAACUGUGCAGGAUAUCUUGUAUGUCGGUAUGGAGAACUAAGGCAGGAGUUGUGUCCCAGUGGCUCCUACUUCGAGCUAUUGACAAAGUCCUGUUUGGUGGAUAGGAGGGGUAUUUGUGUCACAAACAUAGAAAUUUGUGAUGAAGGCGCUCGCGAAGAAGACCCCCAGGACUGCGCUGGCUACAGACAGUGCAUUCGAGGCGAGGUUGAAAACCUGAAAUGUGCCCCGGGAAACUACUUUAAUGUGCCCCAAAGAGAAUGCCUUGCUGAUGUACAUAAAGUCUGUGAGCAGACAGAUUAAAACUUUACAAUCUAGCAGUAUGUCCGCUAACCGAUAAGACGGAAAUCACUAAAUCCGAAAACCGAACCCUAUCAAAUAAACUAAGCAACGCGAAAAAUUCAGUGGGUGUCUCUCAUUAAAGCAGCUACUUUAACGUCUUGAUUAUAACCUAUAUGUAGACGAUUGAAUUCGCUAAAUAAUAAAUAAGCGCAUACGAUAAUACGAUAA